AUGCCACCCACCGAAUCCCGCCGGAGAUCAACCUCCCCCUCACGCACCCGCUCGCGAUCCCCAACGAGAAGCUCAAACGGACAUAGCAGACAUCGUCACCACGAGGGCAAGGAUCAGGACCGUGGUCAUGACCGUGACCGCGAACGCCGGCUUAGACAUAGACACUCGCACUCCCAUUCUCGCUCUCACUCCCAUCGCCACGACCGCGACCGGCGCACCGAACCGAGACAUCGACAUGAAACAAGAGUCGCGAUAAGCCUUCCCUUUCAAGCGCGCGAACUCAGGAAACGAGAUCUAGAAACCUACGAGCCGAUAUUCGCUAUGUACCUUGAUAUCCAGAAGGGGAAGAUAUUGGAAGACUUGAGUGAGGAGGAGGUAAAGGGCCGGUGGAAGAGUUUCUUAGGGAAAUGGAACCGUGGAGAAUUGGCAGAGGGCUGGUAUGACCCUGCUACAUUGGAGAAGGCGCGGAGCGCCAAUGCUGUUGUGCCGGGACUUGGGAAUUCGUACAAGGUUGUGGGAGAAGAAAUUCAUCAGGGGAUUGUACCUAGCCCUAGUGGUGGUACGGAUGAGCUACAGAGGGACGACGAUGACGACGAGUACGGUCCGAUGCCCCAGUAUGGUUCGACUCGUGAGCGUGCGCUGGGCCCAUCAAUACCAACCAUGCAGGACUUGGAAUUGCGAAAAGCAAACCGCGUACUAACCCCCGCAGAAACUGCUAUGGAAGAAGCCAUCGCUACUCGCCACGACGUACGCCAACAGUACCGCGCCGAAAUCCGCUCGCACAAGUCCACGCUCCGCCACAUGGAAGACGAAGUCGCGCCGCGCGCCGAACCAGGAACGCAUGAGCGCCGCAUAGAAAAGCGGCGGGAAGCCGCUGCCUCUAAUCGAGCUUUCGCUGAGUCCCGCCGCGGUGGCUCGCCUAUAGAUGCGGCGCCGGACGACGAGCUCAUGGGCUCUGGCGAGAAUGACCUUGAGGCUUACAAAGCUGCUAAGGAGAGGGAGCAGCGAAAGAAGAAUGAGAGGGAGAUCCGCAGGGAGGAGAUUUUACGGGCGAGGGCGGCGGAGCGGGAGGAGAGGGUCAGGCAGUAUCGGGAGAAGGAGGAGGCGACUAUUGGGUGGUUGAAGACAUUGGCGAAGCAGAGGUUUGGGUGA